AUGGAAGAAUCUCUCAUUUUCCAAAGGAUAAUCUUCAUCUUCAUCGUCACCUUCUUCUCCAUUGUCUGCAACCCGGAUCCGGCCGUGCAUGGUUUUCGUAUAUACCUGACUUCCGAUUCUUCCGCAACCUCGCAAUCAGAUAAUCAGCGAUCCCUUCAGUCCAUCUCCGCAACCACAGAGAACAGCGAUGGGAUUUCCGAGACUCAAAUCUCCAGAUCCGUCAUUCAUUCCGUCAACAAAGCCACGACGGACGACGACGACGGCGGCGGAACUGCAAAGCGUCCCGUCCCCAAAGGCAAGUCGGCCGGCGGCAGCGCAGAUCGUGAGCUGAGGAAAAUAUGCAGCACGACGGAAAACCCUAGCCUCUGCGUGUCCACCGUGGCCCCGCGGCUGAAAAGCGGCGGAGCCAAUGCACGCGCCGCCCUUGACAUCUCCAUCAAAGCGAGCCGCGAUCUGGCGAAAACGGGAGCCGCGAAGGCUAAGAAGCUGGGCGUCAAGGAGUGCAAGGGGAAAUUUAGAGAUGCGAUGGACAAUUUCGACCUCGCGCGUAAGGCGUUCAAGAAGAAGGACGUAGGGACCAUGAAUUCCAUGCUCAGUGCCGUCAUAACUGAUAUGAGCGACUGCAGUGAUAAGCUCUCCGGGUCGGGUUCGCCAUUGAUAAACCUUGCAGACAAGCUGGCUACCAUGACUAGCAACUGCCUACUCAUUAUCCCCCAGAUGCAUUGAUAUCAUAUAUGAUAUGAUGCAUAUUACAAUUUUCCCUCUUUUUUGGGGCACUAAUUCAUCCUACAAAUUAAAUUCAUUUUCUGGGAAAAUCACAUUUUUUAUCCAGAUUAUAAAUCUAAUCUCUCUUUUAAUUUUUACAAUUUCAAACAUUGAACGGUUAAAUACUAUACUUUUAUCUAACUCAUUUUUCAUUUUCUUUUUAAAACU